CCGGGGGGCGGCCGCCGGGCGGGGGGGAGGGGAACGUGGGGGACGGACGACGACACGGGAACGGGGACGACGGGGACACACGCCCACGCCCCCACGCGCGCACCCCCACGGGCGCGCCGCCGGGCGCGGCACGCAGACGCACGCAGCCCGGCGCGGCGGCAGGCAGGGAGCCCGGGCGGCGGGGGGCUGCUAUAAAUCUGCGGAGCCGGUCCGCCUCCCGGCAAGGCACGGGCACGGCGCGGCACCGCACACCGCACCCCCCCUACCCCACCCCCCCCCCCACAGCACCGCACCGCACCCCACGGCACGGUACGGCGUCCUCCCCCCGCGCCCACCCCGCGAUGCAGCAGCUGGCUCCGGCGGCGAGCCGCUAGGAAGGGACCGGCAGGCAGGCAGGGAGGGAAAGAGAGAGAGAGAGAGACGGUCUUUAAAAUCGCCCUUCCAUCCCUCUCCUCUUUGUUCCUCCGCUGCUCCCUCCCUCCCCGCUUUUUGUUCGGUGGGGUUGCGAAGGGAGGGCAGUCCUGUCACUCUCCUUUUUUUUUUUUUUUGAGUUCUCCCUUUUUUUUAUUUUUUAAUUUUCCACAUUUUUUUUCUUGGUUUUUUUUUUUUUUUUACCCCCCAGUGUUGGAUUGUUGGGGGAGGGGGGGCAGAGGAUUUUUUUCUUUUAGGGUUUUUUUUUUUUUUGCUUCCUUUUAGAACUGUCCCCAAUUUAGCUUCUUGUGUGUUGUCUUGAGAGAACUAUCCAUCUGCCUCUUGCUCCUCUUUAUUGGGAGAACUGCACCAUUACUUUUAUUUUUUAAGCCGAGGAGAGGAAGGUUAUAUGUGUUGCCUGCCUUUUGGGUUCGUCCCGCCCUGGGAAGAAUGAAGUCUCUUCGUUCUGGUGGCCGUGUGUAGGGGAGCGAGGUGGCUUUGUUUCAUCUGCAUAGCGCUGGGGAUAAGAUAACUGGUCCGAGCAGGCAGACGGCUCGGUAUCCCUUUCACCUCUACAAUCCCCUAUCUACAUCCGUUUAAAUACAGUUUAGGCUUAACCUCAUCUCCUAACCAGAGACAAGAAGGAUCUCUUGUAUUUACACCAGUCUCAAGCUGUGGCAACAGUCAGGAGUCUUCCUAUUUGUACGGCAACUCCAAACUAACAUGGCAGUCAGACUCUGUGAUGUGGCUUCUCUGCUUAGAAGUGGUUCGUGGGCAGCAGAGCCUUGGACUGGGCAGGUGAUUGCUGCCAUGGAAACACAACUGUCUAAUGGACCAACUUGUAAUAACACAGCCCAUGGUUCAAAUACCAUAAACAAUUGCUCGUCACCAGUUGAUUCUGGGAACACAGAAGACAGCAAGACCAAUUUAAUAGUCAACUACCUUCCACAGAACAUGACACAAGAGGAGCUGAAGAGUCUGUUUGGCAGCAUUGGUGAGAUAGAAUCCUGCAAGCUUGUCAGGGACAAAAUAACAGGACAGAGCUUGGGUUAUGGUUUUGUGAACUACGUUGAGCCCAAGGAUGCCGAAAAAGCUAUCAACACUCUGAAUGGAUUGAGACUUCAAACUAAAACCAUAAAAGUUUCCUAUGCGCGACCAAGUUCAGCUUCUAUUAGAGAUGCAAAUUUGUAUGUUAGUGGACUUCCAAAAACAAUGACCCAGAAAGAACUGGAACAGCUCUUUUCCCAAUACGGACGCAUUAUUACUUCUCGAAUUUUGGUUGACCAAGUCACUGGGGUAUCAAGGGGCGUGGGGUUUAUCCGGUUUGACAAGCGAAUUGAAGCAGAAGAAGCUAUCAAGGGCUUGAAUGGCCAAAAACCUCCAAGUGCCACUGAGCCCAUCACUGUAAAGUUUGCUAACAAUCCAAGCCAAAAAACCAAUCAGGCCAUCCUUUCCCAGCUGUACCAUUCUCCAAACAGAAGGUAUCCGGCACCUCUAGCUCAGCAGGCUCAACGUUUUCGGUUGGACAAUCUGCUCAACAUGGCUUAUGGAGUAAAGAGUAGGUUUCCCCCAAUGACCAUUGAUGGAAUGACCAGUUUGGCUGGAAUUAAUAUCCCUGGACAUGCAGGAACUGGAUGGUGCAUUUUUGUGUACAAUUUGGCCCCUGAUGCUGAUGAGAGUAUCCUCUGGCAAAUGUUUGGACCCUUCGGAGCAGUAACCAAUGUGAAGGUCAUCCGUGACUUUAACACCAACAAGUGCAAGGGAUUUGGGUUUGUGACUAUGACAAACUAUGAUGAGGCAGCUAUGGCAAUAGCCAGCCUGAAUGGAUACCGCCUUGGGGACAGAGUACUGCAGGUCUCCUUCAAAACAAACAAAACGCACAAAGCCUAACAAGUUUAUUCUCAGUGCAUUAAUACAUGAAAACUAUACAACAAAGGCAAUUUACAAGAAGCUUUAUGCAUUAGUAAAUGCCUUUGUUGUAUGUCAGUGUGGAAAUGGGGAUAAAAUGACUACUUAGCAUCCUAAGAAUAUGUGAGAUUUUUUAUUGCUAAUAUUUGAAUUAAAACUUCUUAAAUAUCUUUUGUGUUUGAAUAUUGACAAGAGGUGCAGGGUUUUUACCUGUCACAAUGCAUAUUCUAUUGCCUUCUUUGAAGAAGGUGGACCUUUUAAAAUGUUUCAGCUAAGGGAAGAAGUUUUUUUCUUUUUACAUGACUGCCUUUAACCUAUGAGUAAAUAUGGAGGCUUUGUGUUAUACUUUAAGUUGUUUUUUAUGUUAUUUCUUGAUUUGCCUUGUGUUUAAUUUACAUUUUAAUUGCAUUGCUGUUUUUUUGUUCAAGAAAAGUAUUUGAAGUUUACAUUUAAUUUAUAAAGUUAUAAGCAGUAUUUAUUUUAUAAUUAUCAUUUGGGUCGGGGAAUGGGAACACAUUAUAAAAGCUUAUUGUAAGAAUACUGGAGAACUUUUCGUAAAGCAGUACCUUGCCAAAGAGAUAAGAGCCUCUUUGAUGUGGGUUUAAAAAAGCAUCUAUUUUUAUAAAAAAAAAAAAAAAAAUUUGGAGAAACUUUUUACUGGUCCUGGAACAAAUAUUUUGACUUGAAUACUUUGAGAAAUCUCUUCAUAUGACACCUAGUGAGCUUUUAAAACUUACCAGGAAAUUUGCUGUUGUUGGGGAAAAUUUAGAAAGAUUUAUGAUGUAGAAAUACUUUUGAGAUCUUUGUAUUAAGAAGUAGAGUCAAUGGGAUGCACUGUUGGUUUCAUUUUUGUAAUCAUCAGUGGAGUCUUUGAUCAUCCUGGUUAUUAGGUGGCUCACAUUAAUUUGUGCUUUUGAAACAAAUGAAAAUUUAAAAAAAAAAAGAAUAUAAGAGCAAGCAGGAAACUUAAAAUACUGAGAGAUGGGGGAAAAAAAAAAUCUGUUCUUCCUAAAGAAUUCCCUUCAGAUAGAGCUCAUGGUGUUUAGUGAUGUACUUGCUAUUGUUUGAAGAAUUGUUUUGUCUUAAGAAAAGACAUUGAGCAUGGUUUGCGCCGUAGCAAAUCAGCAGAAGUGGCCUGAGUUGGGUGUAUUUGGAGGUAUUUUGAAAGUUAUGUUCAAGGCUAACACCUGAGCUUUGUGUAAUGUAAAUAAGACCUUGAGUUACGAACCUUUCAGCUAAUUUUGGUUUCAGUUAAUUUUUUAAGUUACAUGCCAAGUGAUGUUAAAUUUUGAAUGUUUUUGUAUGAGUUUUUUCUUUGUAAAUGGCAUUAACAUUGUUACUUGAGGUCUGCUUACUCAUUUUUGUUGUCCUGAGGACUUGAAUUUACAGUGCAUCAGAUCUGUUGCUAUUUUUGUCUGUAGAUAGUCUAGCUUCAGCUGUUUAUGGUGAUGCUACAUUUUUGUUUAUAAAUAUGUUUGUGGUAAAAACGAGUAUAACCAUAGGUUUUGAACAAAUUUCCUUACAUUUUUCAUACAAAACCCAUAAAUACCUGUAUGCUAUUGAAAUUUAACUUUGUAUGAUGCUUAAAUCACUAUUUGGGGAAAUAGAAAAAGUCUUUACCAUGUAUUGAAGAAAUUUAAGAAGAAGAAUACAGAAUAUUUUCUGAUUAGCAUCUAGCUUAUAAUUAAAUUUUUAAAAAAAAAGCUGAGGGUUUGAUGCCUUCACCAGGAUGCACUGACAACUAUGUAGUUACGUCCUGCUUUUUGUAUAAACUGAGAUGCUCAUAUGCUUCCCCUUAGAAAAAGCAAUGUUCUAUGCAUAACAUAGUUGUACACUAUCUUUGCAGUUGCUUUUGGUUCUUAUUCUUUUAAAUUGUAGUUAUAAAUUUUUCAGUAUAGUACAGUACAUAUACUGUGAAGCGCGUGCUAAAGUGACUAAGCGAGUUUUCAUGCUGACCCACUCAAUGCUAUUCAAAAAUCAAUUGGCUUCCUGAGCACUUCCUCAUUCUUAGGUGCAUUUAGAUUGUUAAAGCUAAUCCUCUGCAUUAAAAGUUGUAUAUACUAUAGAAAUCACAAACUUUCCAAUGUGGGGAAAACAGUAGCUACAUGCUUCUUUCCUAUACUACUGUAGCAACUAACGGCAUUGAUGAGAAGGCAUGUAAAUUGGGCUUCACUUUACAGUGUUUAUCAGAGCACUUAGUAAAAUAUAAGGCUCGUAUUUAUUUGAAGUUGUAUAGUAUGACUUAAUUCACAUCUGUUGGAAUAGAAAAUAUAUUCUGUUGAGUAUUUAAGAGGUUGUACAUGUUUUCUUUUGUGUUUGGAUCCUUUGUACUUUUUCAUGUUCAGUACAUCAAUAAACAAAGUUG